AUGAAGAUUUGGGGCGUAGCAGCUUCGCGAAGCCGCGAGGCGCCAAGGCCAGCAGUCCCAGACGUUCCACCUCCGGAGCCAGUCGGACAGCGCAGGCCUGGUGUCUCUCACGCUGGGCUCCGCGUCCUCGCCCGCCUGCGCCGGGAGGCACCCGUGGAUUUGCGCCUCGACAGCCAAGAGCUCCGCAGCGCUGCGGACAUCCGAGCAGUGGUAGAGGCCUGCGGUGCGCAGCCGCCCAAGACGCUGACGCUGGGCCCGUGGGGACACGGGCCCUCCUGCAGCUGCCACGGCGGCUUCGGUUCUGGCACCCCGGCAGUGUUGCCAGCGGAGAGCUGCGAAUUAGCAGACGCAGCGAUCCAGGCCUUCCUGGGCUGCGCCCGCAUUUGGGGCGCCUGGCCAUUGCGCAGCAUCUCCCUCUGCGAACUCCGGGGCCUCGGAAGCGAGGCAGCGGCCUUGGGCGCGCAGUUGGCGCGGUUGCGGCCGCCCACACUGCGCUUGCAGCAUUUGGGCAUGCGAGGAAGUGCGCUGGCUACUUGCCUGGAGGCGCUACGCGGCCUUCGUCUGGAGCUUCUGGACUUGAGUGGCAACGCGCUUGAGGAUGAGGAUCUUGCCAUGUUACUUCGCUUGAUGUCAGGAAGCGAACCGCUGCAGCUGUCCGGCUUGACGUUGAGCACCUGGGCCUUCAGAUCAGAAUCUGAGGAGCUGGAGGAGAUCCAAGAUACUCUGCCAAAGGUGCAGAAGGUGAACGAUGACUACUUGGCCAUGCUUCGAGACGUCGGGCGGAACGAGUUCUAUUGGAAGGCCCUUGAGUCCUUGCCGUGUGCGGGUCUCAAGGUCUUGGACCUUGGCGCUGGCACAGGGCUGUUGUCGCUAAUGGCGGCCAAGCUGGGUGCGAAGGAAGUCCUGGCGGUUGAAGAGUCAGAGGAUAUGGCGCAGCUGGUGACGCAAAGCGCCGAACACAACGCUGUCCAGGUGCAAGUGCUCCAAGGGCACAGUACCUCGCUGCGCCUCGCGCCGGAGGAAAGGGCAGACAUCAUCGUUUCGGAGACCUUCGGAGUUCUGCUCUUGCAGGAGGGUUGCCUCGACUCUUUCGUACAUGCCCGGGAGCAUUUGGCGAAACCGGGCGCCCCCAUCCUGCCAUGUGGUGGCAUGCAGUGUGCCACGCUGCUUUCCUCCACGGCUUUGCGCACGGCAAGUGGCGGUCUUUUCACCGAGCAGCCCGACAUGUCUCACGUGGCUCGGCUCCGAGACACGGGCCGGGUACAUUUCUCGGUGCCCGGGGGCUUCAGUGUGAACGCUUUGCCGGACGCCUGCGCCAUGUCGGAGCGCCUCUGCGUGCUGGAGCUGGACUUUGCAACGAGCACUUUGAGCGACAUCCCGGCGAGCCGAACCUUCGUGCUGCAUGCACUGCAGGAGGGCUGCAUCGACGCGGUCGUGACCUCCUGGGAGGUGUGGGCGGACAAGCAGCGCAAGCAGAUCCUGAGCACGCACGCGGAAGACACCAAGGGCCAGGACUGGGGCUUCGCUCGGGACGGGCACUGGGGCCAGGGCUUCCAGGCGCUAGUGCCGCUCACAGUGCAGAAGGGUCAAGAGCUGCGCCUCACGGUGCGCUUUGCGGACAACGGGAAGGCGUGCCAAUUCUCGCUGGAAACAGAUGGAUCUCGCAAGCCAAUGGAGCUGGAUCCGCGGGCGGAAGCUGAGAAGUCUGACGCGUUCAAGUGCGAGGACUAUGAGGCGCCUUGGCUCUGCGAGGCAUUCAUCCCGCUGCUGUGUGACGUGGAGGCCGAGGGUGUGGAGCCAGACCAGCGGCGAUACGCGGAAGACCUGGCCCCGACGUUUCAGAGCCCUUUGGCGGAGCAGCGGUCGGUGGUGGUGAGGAGCCUCAACGACGACUACUUCGCACUCAUCAACCACCCCGCGCGGCUGCGCUUCUUCCGCGGCGCGCUGCAAGCGCUGGCGGACAGCUCCGGCAGCGUUCGCGUGCUCGACCUGGGCGCGGGGGCCGGGCAGCUGGCAGCGCUGGCGGCGCAGCUUGGGCAUUCCGUGCUGGCGCUGGAGGCGUGUAGCGAGCUCUGCACCUUGGCGCGGGAGACGGCCCAGAGGAACGGAGUCCAGGUGCAGGUGGAGCAUGCCAUGAGCAGCUGUAUCCACAUGGAAGAGAAGGUGGAUGCAAUUCUUUGCGAGCCUUACGACAUCUUCCUGACUGGCCAGGGCUCUGGCAGCUUAGACUACUUGAUCGACGCGCGGCGGCGCUUGGCUAAGCCCUCUGCUACGAUCAUCCCCUCGGGCGGGGCGCAGUACGCGAGGCUGGUGAUGGCGGAGGAAUUGGGCAUGAGGUCGGUACGGUCGGUGAGGUCGGUCUCCUCAAGAGUCUCCUUGGAGAACUUGGGGACCCUGCUGGACUCCGUGACUCUGGCUUCAUCCAGGACCAAAGGCUUCCGCUGGAGCUGCCUACCGGAUUUGGUGCUCCAAAGUGAGCAGCUUUGCCUUUUCACCCUGGACUUCCAGACGCUGGAGCCCAAACACAUCCCCAGGACAAAGUCGCUGGAGCUCCGCGCGCUGCACGACGGCUUCGUGGACGCGGUGGUCACCUCCUGGGAGAUGGCCUCGGGAAAUUUACGCUUCGCCGCGCACGCGGAGGAGACGCGCCAUGAAGAGUGGGGCUUUGCAAGCGACGUGGUGUUCGGCCAGGGCUUGCAGCUUCUGGUGGAGGAAGGUGACAAGCCAAAGCCCUUUGAGGUGAAGGCUGGUGAGGUGCUCACCCUCACGGCGCACAUCUCUGAGCGCCGGGACCAACUGCAUUUCACGCUGAAAAGGGGCCCGCCAGCCCCAAAGCCAAAGGCUCGAGGCCGAGCACGGUGA